AUGAAUAAUAAAGAUAAUGAAAUUAAUGAUAUUCAAAGCGAUAAAGAGACUAAUGAGAGUAAAAUAGAAUAUAAUAAUAAUGAGCUAGAAGAUGAAGAAAAAAUAGAUGAAAUAGAUGAUCUUUAUAUUG